CACUUCCUGGAGCCCGGGGCCGCCGGGGUCGCCGCUCCCGCCGUCAGAAUGUCCCACCAGACCGGCAUCCAAGCGAGUGAAGAUGUUAAGGAGAUCUUUGCCAGAGCAAGAAAUGGAAAAUACAGACUUUUACAGAUAUCAAUCGAAAAUGAGCAACUUGUAGUUGGAUCUUCUAGUGAACCUGCCGAAUCCUGGGAGAAGGAUUACGAUGCCUUGGUUCUACCGCUGCUAGAAGACCAGCAACCUUGCUACAUAUUGUACAGACUAGAUUCUCAAAAUGCCCAAGGAUAUGAAUGGGUCUUCAUCGCCUGGUCACCGGAUCACUCUCACGUUCGCCAGAAAAUGUUGUAUGCAGCUACACGAGCCACGCUGAAAAAGGAGUUUGGAGGAGGCCAUAUCAAAGAGGAACUCUUUGGGACCGUAAAGGAUGAUAUUUCGUUAAACGGUUAUAGAAAAUAUUUGCUAUCCCAGUCCUCUCCUGCCCCGUUGACUGCCGCAGAGGAAGAAUUACGACAAAUUAAAAUUAAGGAGAACCCAGAGGACCGUAAUGUGGUACAAACUGACAUCGGUGUAGACACUAAGCAUCAGACACUACAAGGAGUAGCAUUUCCAAUUUCAAGAGACGCUCUUGAGGCUUUGGAAAAAUUGAACAAUAAGCAGCUCAACUAUGUGCAGUUGGAAGUAGAUAUAAAAAAUGAAAUCAUCAUUUUGGCCAACACAACAAAUACAGAGCUUAAAGACUUGCCAAACCGGAUUCCAAAGGAUUCAGCCCGCUAUCAUUUCUUCUUGUAUAAGCAUUCCCACGAAGGAGACUAUUUGGAGUCUAUAGUUUUUAUUUACUCGAUGCCUGGGUACACGUGCAGCAUAAGAGAACGGAUGCUGUAUUCUAGCUGCAAAAGCCCUCUGCUAGAAAUUGUGGAAAGAAAACUGCAGAUGGAAAUAAUUAGAAAGAUCGAAAUCGAUAAUGGGGAGGAACUGACUGCAGAUUUUCUUUACGGAGAAGUUCACCCGAAGCAGCACGCGCAUAAGCAGAGUUUUGCUAAACCCAAAGGUCCUGCGGGGAAGAGAGGCAUCCGAAGAUUAAUCCGAGGACCAGCCGAAGCCGAAGCCACCACGGAUUAAAGGCUGUCCCAGGCUCUGGUAACGUUAAACUUCACAGGACUAGGUUGACAAACAAUCCAGCUUCGAGUACCGAAGAACCGAAAUCAUUCCACACUGAUGUCUGUUAGAAAAACAAAACAAACAAAAAAAAAAACUGGUAAUCUUUUUUAAUAGGACUUCUAGCUGAUGAUGUGUUUUUAAGGUCGUGUAUGGGAGAACUUUGAUUCCUACUGUUUCAGUUGAAACCGAAUGAAAUGUAAGGCAGUGUCAUUGACUCUUUAGCACAUUGUUGGGUAGAACCUUAAACCCUUUCACCCACUCCUUUUUCAGAAUCUCCUCGAUGAUUUCCCCGAUUCUCACAGCUUAUACUGUUGGGCCUGAAACUAGCUAGUCUAGAGGUCCAAGUUUAAAAAACAAAAAUCAUUCUUAUCAGCCUCAUAAAGUAGUGUGCUUGCUUUCUUUUUUUAGCACCUAACAGGCCAUGCUGUGGUUUUUAAGCAAAAACUAGAAAUAACAUAGCACAUGGCAAUUAGGAGUGUUUAGUGCAGUUUUUCAGCUUAUUUUCCGCAUGAAAAAUGUGUUCCUGAGCCUGCAGCGGGUGGAAAGAAAAAGUCACUAAGAACCUCUCUUUCCUGACUCUUGGACUUUAAGGGUCACGCCUUGUCAGUAAACUGUACAAACACAGGAUAAGUUCCUCACAUUUAAAAAAAAAAUAUUCUUUUCUCGUUACAUAUUUGCCUAAUGCAAAUAUUUUCUUUUUGAGCCUCGCUUUAAGUACUGCUUUUUAAGAAGCAAAUCGAAACAAAAAACGGUGUGCUUGGCGAUAAAUCGUUUAUCUGCGUUUUGCUGUUCUGGGCUGUCGAAACGUAAAUAGGUUGAGCCUAACUCUUCAAUACUUGAAAUUUAGAAGGAGAAAAAACACUUUGUCACGUUUGAUCUGCCGCAAGAGCCGUGCUUGUCCACAAGGUUCGUUUUCUUCAUAAACUGAGGCGAGCUAGCCAUUGGAAGUCCUGGGUUUAGACAUCCCUUAGACUGUUUAAGAAGAAGAUUAAAAGCCCAAAUUCUAUAGCACGCAAAAGGAAGCACUUGAUUCACCUGCCAGUUUCAAGCAGUACAUGAUUUGCUAAAGUUAGUGAAAUGCACCUUUUGUGAGAAUGACCCACCGGAUAAAUGAAUGGUUUUUGGAUUGAAUUUAAAAGAUAAUUGUGAAGGGAGGGUUUGUUUGUUUACAGAUGGGUAUAUAAUCACAUUUCUGUUAAGGUGCCAUAUCCCUUAUGGCAUCACUGCACUGUUCAUUCACGCACAUUAAAGAUGGUAUUCCAGUUUUUGUUUCUUGGGGACAGAAGUUGAUUUGACAUGAAACUACCCCAUCUGAGUCGCAUACUGUAGCUGUAGCAUUACUUUCCGUGAGGAAGAAUCACUGGUGGAACAGCCUGCCAUCUUAGAAACACAGUCGUUCAGUCAUAACGGGUUUUUCAGCAUUUUCCAGAUUAAAAGCACACUACAGUGUCUCAAAAUUACCAUUCCAGAAGAUACGCUUUGUAAAAAAAAAAAAACAUUCUUAAGGAGUCACUGUGAUUGCUAAGAAUCAGUAGUAUGAUUGUGAUGGAGCCUAUGUGAAAUGUUUGAAGUGUUCGCGCUCGCGUCCCCAAAAUGACAAACCCGUAGAAAACUGCCCCUGCCCUUCUGCCCCAGUUAAUACAAUAAAGAUUUGCAUCCCUUCGAUGGAAAUAUUCUAUCUGUACUUUCU